AUGUUGGGGUUUCGUUUCUGCUGUUGGGGUGAUCGGGUCGGAGGGUAUUGCAGUCCGGCUCGUCUGUUUGCACUUGGUGAUCGGCUGUUAACGUCUGCCGUGGAUGGGGGAUGGUGGUUGACGGAUCGUGUUCAGUGGUUGCGAAUGAGGCCCAUAACCUGUGAUUCCAGGAACACCGAUGCCCCCGAUCCCCUGGGGGUCGGGCGGCCGGCGGUGACUUUAUUGUGCAAGUGA